GCGCACUCAGAGAAUGGUUGGAAACACGCAAACCGCCGACGCGCCGAAGAUGUUGACAUGCUGAUAAUAUCUUCUGAUUGAUAAACAUAUCCGGAAAAAUUUCGCUUCCGCGGUUUCGGAUCGUUCGCACGCCGCUUACAUUUAAUUCGGUUGUGAUUUCAACGGCGGUUUUUCGAAGGUACCACUCAGCUGGUCUUCAAAAUCCACGAUGGUGUUAUGUUGGAUCUACUUGGGAAUACUUACAGAAUUAACAGUGGCCUUCGACUCUCACCUUCGUGGACCAUCGUUCGUGAUGGAGCCGCCGCCGCGCUUGGAGUUCUCCAAUUCGAGCGGCGGCUGGUUGGAUUGCUCGGCCUCUGGUAGUCCCCAACCGUCCAUAGACUGGCUAUCGGUGGACGGGACCUCCGUCGGCGACAUAUCCGGUAUCAGGAGGGUGCUCAGGAACGGCACGUUGUUCCUGCAACCGUUCGCCGCCCAAUCGUACCGGCAGGACGUGCACAGCACGGUGUACAGGUGCAUCGCGAGCAACGCUGUGGGCCGCAUCAUCAGUAGGGACGUGCAAGUUAGAGCUGUUGUGACUCAAUCAUUCCGGGUAGAUGUGGAGGUAAUUGGUGCCGCAAGGGGAUGCACAGCGGUACUCAAAUGCAUAGUACCGAACUUCGUGAAAGACUUAGUGAGAAUUAUUUCGUGGGUGCAAGAACCGUCGUUUUUCAUCUACCCGUCGUUGCAGGGAGACGGCAAGUUCCAUCAACUUCCCUCGGGAGAGCUCCUCAUCCAUAACCUGGAGUUCAGUGACCAGUUUCCUGCUUAUCGCUGCAGGACGAUGCAUAGACUCAGCCGGCAAGUUGUGGUCAGCAGUCCUGCCAAUGUUAGAAUCACAGAACAUCGGGGUAUCGUGUCGCCGGUGAUCGUUGAUAAUUCUGGAGCGGUAAACGUAGCCCAAGAUGAAGGUGCUGCGUUGAUAUGCAUUGCUCAGGGAUGUCCUGCGCCGGAAUACAGGUGGUACAACCACGCCGGCCUCGAACCGAGCCUAAUAAUUCCCGGCCCUAGAGUUAGACAACUCGGACCAGUCCUAGCAAUUGAGGCCGUAAAUAUAGAAGAUGGAGGCGUCUACAGAUGUUCGGCGUCGAAUGCCGGCGGUGAAUCCAGUGCCGAAUUGCGAUUAAUCGUUUCCACUACGUUGCACGUGGAGAUUUCUCCGCCGCUGCUCAGCGUUCACAUGGGCGGCAGCGCCGAGUUCAGAUGUGUGGUAUCUUCGCAAAGCAGCGGGCCUCACUUGGUGACUUGGUACAAAGAUGGCCGGCAGUUGCCCAGCACAGGAAGAGGCUCCAGCGAAACGCUGGUGGUAAAUAACAUAGGAAGAGAAGAUAGAGGAAUGUACCAAUGCGUCGUUCGAAGAGCCGAAGGAGAUACUGCCCAAGCCGCCGCUGAACUACAGCUGGGAGAUGCUCCUCCUGUCUUGCUUUAUAGUUUUAUCGAGCAAACGCUGCAGCCUGGUCCUGCAGUUUCGUUGAAGUGCAGCGCUUCGGGCAAUCCCACCCCGCAAAUAUCCUGGACGUUGGACGGAUUCUCUUUGCCUAGCCACGGAAGAUUCGUAAUUGGACAAUAUGUGACAGUUCACGGUGAUGUAAUUAGCCACGUUAACAUCAGCCAUGUAAUGGUAGAAGACGGGGGAGAGUACAUGUGCACGGCGGAGAACCGGGCCGGCCAGAGUUCGCAUUCGGCCAGGCUCAAUAUUUACGGAAUGCCUUACAUCCGCCUGAUCCCGAAGGUGACCGCAGUGGCCGGCGAGACGAUGCAACUAAAGUGCCCUGUGGCCGGCUACCCCAUAGACGAAAUCCACUGGGAGCGCGGCGGCAGAGAGCUACCCGAUGAUUUGCGACAGAAAGUCCAAGGCGACGGCACGCUAGUUAUCAGUCCGGUCGAGAAAAAAGCCGAUUCCGGAGUGUACACCUGCUGGGCGAGGAACAAGCAAGGCCACAGCGCCAGGAGGAGCGGCGAAGUCAACGUAAUAGUUCCCCCUAUAAUUGAGCCCUUUUCCUUCCAAGACGGGCUAUCAGAAGGCAUGCGCACCCGUACCGUCUGCGGUGUGAGUAAAGGUGAUCCUCCCCUUGUGGUCUCUUGGCUCAAGGACGGUCAACCAUUGACGCCUAACCUGGGCGUCAACGUUUCAGCCCUUGACCCUUACUCUAGCCUCCUGAGCAUUUCUAGCCUUGAUUCGAGACACUCCGGCGAUUUUACCUGCGUGGCAAGCAAUCCAGCCUCUGAGGUUAGGUACACUGCGAAACUGCAGGUCAAAGUGCCGCCAAGAUGGCUGGUAGAGCCUGUAGACGUGAGCGUUGAACGUAACAGACACGUUGCGCUUCAUUGUCAGGCCCAAGGUGUUCCGACGCCUACAGUGAUUUGGAAAAAAGCAACAGCUAGCAAAUCGGGCGAUUACGAAGAGGUUAGAGACCAUAUGUACACGAAACUGUUAGGGAACGGUACCCUUCUACUGCAGCACGUCAAAGAGGAUCGCGAAGGGUAUUAUUUGUGUCAAGCUGAUAAUGGAAUCGGUACGGGGAUCGGCAAAGUCAUACAGCUGCGAGUUAAUUCUUCGCCCUAUUUCGCCGCCCCUUCAAGACUGGUUACCGUCAAAAAGGGCGACACCGCUUUGCUGCACUGCGACGUGAACGGCGACAAACCGAUUAACGUCGUAUGGUUGCGAGGCGGCAAAACCGAAUUGAACCCCUCCAAUAAUUAUCGGGUUAACGUGAAACAGGACGUUACACCCGACGGCGUAGCGGCAGAGCUUCAGAUAGUCAACUCCGACGCGAAGGAUAGCGGGGCUUACUUUUGCCAGGCCAGCAACAUGUACGGUCGAGACCAGCAAUUGGUGCAAUUGCUGGUGCAGGAACCCCCGGUGCCGCCGCAGAACAUCGAAGCGGCGAUGAUUGGAAGCAGAUCGGUGAAUUUGAAGUGGCAACACAAGUCCGGCGAUUCUAACGAAGUCUUCAAAUUUAUAAUCGAGUAUAGAGAAACGGAUAGACCUUGGCAUCAGCUCGAGCUGAUUGACUCACCGCUGCCCUUCACAGCGCUUAUAGAAGACCUCAAACCAGCCACCAGAUACACGUUUCACGUAAUAGCAGAAGGACCCGCUGGUAAGAGCUCGCCCAGCGAAGAUCUCAUGCUGAGGACCGAGCCUCAACGACCCGCUGGGCCACCGCUGAAUUUAGCCGCACGGCCUAUUUCCUCCAGCGAAGUUCUGGUGACUUGGACACCUCCGCUUUCAGAACUACGACACGGAGACAUACAGGGUUUCAACAUCGGUUAUCGGACGGCCUCGAUGGGAAGUUACAACUUCACUUCGAUUAAUGGCGACGGGGAAGACGGGGGCGAAGUUCUGCUGAGCGGUUUGAGUAAAUUUACUCGUUACACGAUCGUUGUGCAAGCUUUCAAUGAAGUCGGAACUGGGCCCUUAUCGGAACCAGUGACGGCGCAAACCAUGGAAGACGUUCCCAGCAUGCCCCCGGAAGACGUUAGGUGUGCGGCGUUAACGUCACAAUCGUUACAAGUUAGUUGGCAGCCGCCUCCGACCGAGCACUGCAAUGGCCUCCUGCAGGGCUACAAACUAACCUACGAACCUGUAUUGGAUGAUAAUUGGAAAGGGAAUGACGAAAUGGAAACAAGGAAAACGACUGCACUGACAACGGUAAUAACGGGAUUGCGAAAGUUUACCAACUACAGUUUACAAGUAUUGGCGUUCACGAAAGUCGGGGACGGUGUGUUCACCGCACCCUCCUAUUGUCAAACCGAGGAAGAUGUGCCCAGUCCCCCGGCCGACAUAAAAGUGGUAGUAAGUUCCUCGCAAUCGUUGAAGAUUUCCUGGCUGCCGCCGAUGGAACCGAACGGCAUCAUAUCCAAAUACAACCUCUACCGCAGAAGCAUGGACGGAAGAACGGAAAUCGACAACGCCAGGCAGACGAUAUCCAGCCAAAAUACCAUGUUCGAAGUGAAGAGCGUCCAAUCGCACAUCGAGUACCAAUUUUGGGUGACCGCUUCCACUCGAAUCGGCGAAGGGCAGAGUUCUAAGGUGGUGUCGCAGAUCGCCACAGCGCGCGUACCCGCUCGGAUCACGUCGUUCGGCGGCCUGAUCGUCCGUCCGUGGAGGAGUUCGGUGUCCUUUAAUUGCGAGGCCGUGGGAGUGCCGAAGCGCGAAUGGCUCAAAGGCGAUCAAAUACUUAAGGGCGGUGCUAAUCACAAUAUUCAAUUACUGGAUACGGGCGAGUUGAUUUUGUCCAAGCUUCAAAUUGGAGACGCCGGCAAUUAUACGUGCCAGGUGGAUAACGGGCAGGGCACAGACCGGAUUAUAUACAAUUUGAUUGUUCAGGUACCUCCAAUGGCACCCCUUCUCUAUGUAACUAGCGCUACCAGCAGUAGCGUACUUCUUCAUUGGAAAGCGGGUAAUAACGGAGGGGCCUCCAUCAGUGGUUUCACUCUAAAUUACAAAAAAGAACACGGCGAUAUUAAUUCGAUAAACCUCUCGAGGCACGCGACUAGCUACGAAUUGAAAGGUCUCUCGUGCGGAACGACAUAUCACCUCUACUUGAUCGCGCACAACAAAAUCGGAAGUUCUCCAGCUAGUCACCCGCUCCAAGCCAGAACUCAGGGCCACCCUCCCGGAAUUCCUUCCUUGGCUUCUUUCAUCUCCCCCAACUCCACCUCGGUCAUUUUGCGACUUCACGUCUGGCCGGACAACGGAUGUCCGAUAUUGUAUUUUAUUUUGCAGUACAAGAAGCUCGCCGACGCCCAGUGGACCGUAGUAUCAAACGCUUUAAAGCCACAACGAAAAACUUCAAUAACUGGACUGACUCCUGCAACGCAGUACAUCGUUAAACUAGAAGCGCAUAAUGUCGCUGGUUUUUCUACCGAAGAAUUCCAUUUUAUGACUCUCACAAAGGACGGAGACGUGCCGCCUCCCGAUUUAAUGAAACAGGGUAACGAAGACUCGCCGUUUUACUCGGACUUGAAAGUUAUAAUACCCCUAGUAGUUUUGUUCGUGGCGAUAACAGUGUCGGCAAUAGGAGCUGCUGUUUGCAUGAAACGUCGUAACAACGAGUCCGCUAAGGAGCAAUUAGAAAACCGGCACAACGCCGAAGCACAGAGGGAGAGAUAUUAUGCAACGAUUCAUAAAGUGGCUCUACAAGCUGGAGAGAAAAUACCAGAGACUUCCGAGGACAUAUCACCGUACGCGACAUUUCAAUUAUCAGAGCCUAGCACAUUGCCGCAGAACACGAUGCUUCACAGUUUUAUGUACCACGAACAUCCGAUGACCGAAGGUUGCGCCUCUCCACCGCCGGCUACUUCUGUUCAACGAAACUCGCCAUAUUACAACAUCCAAAAAUUUCAAAGUGCGAAAGGCCACAGAAGACGUACCAGCAGAAAAACGGACGUGGAUAGCGAAGACAGCGAAUCCGAUCAGGACCAAUUAACCUCCAGUAGGACAGAGUCUUCCAAUCAAUUAGAUUUGAAACAUAAGCAUAACUUCCUGUACCACGGUGCCCAGUCGAGCACCUCAUCGGAUAUCUCGCCAAUGUCCGACCAGAAAUCGCUCCCGCGGAGAAACAGAAAUAGGUGGUUGGCUCAAGGCGGUCGAAGCAACUCCCAGAGACAGAUUCUAAGUCACCUUUCCGUGGCGGAGACGCCCUUCACCGAGAGGCUGAACGCCGAUCAAACCACGCCGGAUCGACCUGAAUUGAGCGAGGCGGAGUGCGACAUCGAUACGCUCAAAAAACUGAAACUUGGAUUGAGAUCGAGCCUGUGGUCGAGGCCUGCCACCGCAGGCUCCGGCCAGCCGACCGACUAUUCUAUCGCUGUGUAAAUAAGAUUCAAACUUUGGCAUAUUCGAUAUAUAUUGCGACUGUUACAAAAUCGCUGAAUGAGAUUCGUUGAGAGAAAAUGAGAGAAGGAAAGUCGCGGAAGUGUGUUUAUUAUACGUCUAGACGAUCGGUAUUUUUAAGCUUGUGAUUGAAUGUUUUCGACAAUAUCAAUUAUUACUUAUCUUACAACAAUAUCUUACCUAAUAAUUAUAAGUAUCUACUUUCGAGUUAGGUUUUUUUUGUACAUAAAAUAUCUGACGUUUAUCAGGGUAAAAGCGUUAUCUGUUCCAAUUUUAUUGCAAAGCAAUAACUAUUAUUUGCCGAAAAGGGCAAUAUAUACCGAAAAUGCAGUUAAUAUAUGAAUAAUUAAUAGAGUAUAUUAAUCAAAAAAAAGGUUAAAUUUUUAUACACAAAAUUUUAGAAAUAUUAAGUUUGUAAUAUAUGUUUAUGAGAAGAAACUUUUGGACAAUUUUAUAAUGAUGAUUUACUUUUGACUGAUUAAUUGUUUAGAGAGUUAAUCCCCUAGUCGAUGUACCAAAGAUGCAAUCACUGUCAAAAGAAACUAAUCAAAACCCUUACCCAUUAACUGUUACCGAAUAUGUAUUAUAAUUCGAAUUCCAUUUAAC